CGAACCGUCUGACUGAGCGGACACACACGUGAGAGCAACGUUCCCCGGAGUCACGAGAGGAUUUUAGUUUCGCUCUAGGUGCUGGUGCCUAGUCCAAAUUGACCGUUUUCGCUGACCAUUUUUUUGGACCUAAGGUGAUUCGAAAUUUCGCAGCCCAGAACAAUAGUGGAAGUGACGAAAAAGCACACAAUUUGGAUUAUCAAAAUUGCUCCGGUGUUUUUGCGUGUGACACUAGUGGAAUGAAAAAGUUGCAAUACUUGGAAGCAGAACAGUGCGCUGUGAAGAACUGUGCAAAGUAAGGAAAGUUAGGCAAUAAGUAUGAAUCGAUUGUGCAAAGUUGCGAAAAUCGAAACAAGGAUUAAGUGAUCGAAUCUCGAGAGGUGGUGCACAAUUUGCCUCCCGAAAACGGAUGAAAAGUGCUCAACAACAAUCACCGAUCGCAAAAAAAAAACUCGAAGAAAAUUGCUCAGUAGAGCCUGAAGAGGAUCGCGCACAUGUGCGAAGAGACUUGCGGGAGCAGAAUAUUGGAGUUGUGUUGUGAGCAGUCAGCGAGAAACUCCCGGACCCGGAAAGACCAAAUCCCAUCAUCAAGAUGUUGAAGUGGACCGUAACCAAACGCCAGGAAGGUGGUGGUGCAGCAGCCGCAGUUCAAAGGCACCAGCAACGACAGAAUGGUCCCUCUACUCAGCACGCUAGAAGAUCGUUAGGAGCCCUCAGUGAACGCAACAUUUACAGUGAUAAUAUAACUGCGGCCAGCAAGGUGAAAGCCCGGAGAUCCCUAGGGGCCACCAUGCAUCGUCACGCACACAUCGACAAAGAGAACCAAUGCGUAACCUCAACGCCACAUCACGUCGCAGCCGGAAGUCGAACGUCCGCCUCGCCUUAUUCCAUGGCUCUCCGAGACGUCAGCAAUAUCACCCCAAACUCAACUCCUCGACGUCUGUCCACAACUCCCCAAAAUCGCAAACGAGCACUCGCAGUGUCUCCUACCAGUGCCGUCACCUCGACUGCCAAAAAAGACGCCAACCUACCGUACGCGUCUACGUUACCAACGUUCGACAUCGAAUACUCACCAUGUGCAGUGAAGAACGUCCCAUUCCUUGCCCUACGAGGCCUUGGCCUCACAGAUUCUUAUUUCGAAAAUCCCGGCCGUUACUUCCCAGAUGAGCAGCCUCCCGCAGCGAAACGCUCCAAACCCUUCGUUGCUCCUGCACCUCCACCGGAAAAACCGGACACGGGUCUCACUCCACUCUCGUCCCGCUUGUCCGAGCUUCGGUUCAGCAAAAUUAGCUUCAAGCGCAACGCCGAACCCAAAACCAUAAACAACAACCAGAUCUUCAAAGACGACGACGAGCCGUCCCUCAACUCCUCCGAAAUGGGUGACAUCACUCUGGACAAAAUGAUCGACGCCAUCCUCGAGAGCGCCAAAAAAGACCACCCGAAGCGCAGCUCCAGCCUCAAAUCCAAACAACCCAAAAUCCCCUCUCCAACCUACACCGCAGCCGACGAUCCCGCAUCGGACCUCUACAAAGACACCCUCAUCGAGCAUCUACCACCGAAGCUGAUCGCUCAAGUUGAAACAACCAUCAUCCUCGAAGAAUCAACCAACGUCAACGAGCGGGAAGUGAAAACACCCGAACCCACCAAAACCUCCAAAUCCCUUCGACAGUCCCUCACCAGAUUUGUCCUGGCGAGCCCUCUGGACGCCUGCCAUCUCCGGCGACAAAAAGCUGUCCGGCGGAAAAACAAACCCGACCAAGUCGAAAAAGAACCCGCAGAAAAGAAACCCUGCCGCAUCGGCCUUACCCUCCCAAACGGAAUCCCCAGUCCGGAAACCCCGAAAACCGUCAGCUUCAAUCAGUCCAGAAUAGACCAGCUGGCACAAAUGAAAACGCCAACCGACGCUGUAAUCGUUGUCGACUCGGACCUUCCCGCCUCCAAAUCCGCCCUCAAGGCCUUGAGCACAAUCGACGAGAUGACGCCGAGCAUCCGCUCGAUCGAUCUCCAGGGCACCUCAACGCCCACCGGCUCCACGGACUCCAUCGAGAAGACCCGCAAGUGCUUGGCCUUCUCGCCGACUCUCAGCGAGGACUCGCUGGAGAAACGUCGCUCCGUUGCUUCCUCAACCACCUCGCGCUGUUCGCGAUCGGCCAGCGUCGUCAAGGGAUCGCUGGAUCUGCACCUACGUCUGGACGAGGACGCCAGCCCCAGCAAGUUACACGUUCACGUCAUUCGCUGUAGGGAUCUUCAACGGGGUGCCAGCACCGGUGGAAGCACGAUAAACGCCUACGUCAAGGUGGCGGUCGUCAAUGCAUCGAGUGCAGGAGGUGGAGCUGAUCAGGGUUUCCAGCGGACGGCAGUGCACCGGAACUCGAGCAAGCCGAUCUUCGAUCAUCGGUUUGUGUUCGAACUGGAUCCCGGCGUGGAUGAGGACGACGGGCGGCGAGUCCAGCUAGCUGUGUGGCAUCGGGACCGAGAGUGCAAGCGUAGCGAGUUUCUUGGGUGUAUGUCGUUUCCACUGAAAAAAAUUAAGAACGAGGAAAUCAAUGGCUCCUACAAAAUGCAACCCCAGUCAAGCUUGACAAACCCCACACCACCAGUACCGGAUUUGUGUGAAAAUUCACAAACCAGCGUCGAGGAAAGCGUUGGCGUUGAUGAAGCACCCAUUUACGUCAACGUUCCCGGCAACGGUCAGCUGGAAUCGAUAAGCCUGAGCAAGAAGGCACUCCAUCAACGAGACGCCGAUGAAAACCUGUUCCUACGAUUCCUGGAGCUGGACGAAACUGCAGAGGCCACCAACCUCGGAAGAACUCCCUUCACCAUAACCAAAAAGUUAACCCGGACGGCCGACAAGGGCUUCGGAUUUUCGGUUGUGUGGACGCAUCCUCCACGGAUCGAGAAGGUGGAACCGGGGUUGUCAGCCGAAAAGGUCGGCAUUCUGCCGGGAGACUAUAUAGUAUUUGUCGACAAGCACAAUGUCGUUACGAUGCCUGAGCUAGAUGUGCUGAACCUAAUCAGAACACAAGGCAAUACCCUACAGCUAGAGGUCUUCCGACGCCCGCUGAGACCCAUUUCGUUGAGUCACGAUCCAUUCAAUACUCGUCAAGAAGAUCCCUUGCCGAAACUGUCCGCAACUCCACCUCGUUUGACCGCAACAUGCUCCAACGUAUCCCUCGAAUCGGCCAAACGGAAACUCAACCUUCCCCAGGUGGCCUUCACCAAAGAAGUCGGCAAAGGCGUCCUCGUCUGAUGAUCGCUCAUCCAAACGCAUCGAUACCAAACGGAAAACUAGCUCUCAAGCACACCCUAGUGAACAUUCUGUCAAACAGAAACCAAAACCAAAAUAUUUCACACCCUAAUGUACAUAUAUAUCUAGGCCUCAGAACAAACUAUGCCCCAGUAUACCCACAUUGAGAAAACGACGGAACGUUUUCGGAAUCAACCCCCUCAAUUCUGUAGAUACCUAACCUCUUUGUCCAAAAAAAGAGACAAACCCCCUAUCGGAAAGUUACGCUUCUCUUACUUUUAGUGAUCCAUUUUGAAACUUCACCGAAAAUUUACUCUGAAGUUCGCAUCUAUCCUUUACCAAUUGUCGAAAUGUGUCAACUCUCCAAAACAUCCCAAUCACUAGUCUCCCGCGAGAAUCAACCACGGUUCGGAAAAUUGCAAUAAAUUUAUCUGUUUAGGAAAAAAAAGUGGUGGAAAUUAGUUUAAUUUGUACAUAAAUUCGGAAUAAUCGACCAAAUCAAUCAAAAUUACUUUAAGUUAUGUCCAAUUGUUUUUUUGUUUUGUAGUUCGAUCUAAAUUUAUUCGGUUGGCGAUUGUGAGGAGACUAGUGGGAAUUCACCUUGAACCACGAUCUUUCGGAGAUUGUACAUAUGUAUGCGUAAAUGUCGAAUUAUUAUUACGUUUGAAAUAGUUUUAGCUAAUAGUUAAUCGUGAAGGGCGUUGUUUUCACAAUUCAGUUCAAUGUACAUAAACUAAUUAAUCGAAUGUUCAAGUGAAAACAAGGCCAACACACGCUUUUCGUUUUGUUUACUUUUUAGUUUUACCUGAAUUAGUUUUCGAUAUAUAAAUUUUUAGUUGAACAAAUUCUGUUAACUUAUCUUUUGUUUGCUAUCGUAAGUUACGCUACUUCGCGUCCGAUUGAACCUUUUAACCGAUUUAUUUCAUUACGCCCUUGUUUCCGCGUUAUCGAUUCCACUGUAGUAAUUUAUUGUAAUGUGUUCCCAAACUAACAUCCGAUUAUGUUGUCUCAGAAAGCAAAUAUUUAUUUUGUGCUCGAUAUUAUAUUUUGUGGGACUGUUUAUUAAGUGUAAAUAAAAGCUGACAACAGCAUUGUUUAAUAAAUAA